AUGACCACCGGCACAGACGUUCGCACUUACCACAAUUUUAUCGGCGGAAAGUGGACACCCUCCGAUUCUGGCAAUACAUACUCGGUUUACAACCCGGCACACAAGGACCGCGUCCUGGGUCAUUUCCAGCUUUCAAACCCCGAGGAUGCUCUUCGCGCGGUUGCCGCGGCAUCUGACGCCGCAGCCGGGUGGGCAGACACGCCGGCUCCGGUGCGUGCGCAGGUGCUCUUCAAGGCGCUGGAAAUCAUGGCACGCCGCGGGGAAGAAAUCGCUCGCACGAUCACCGAAGAGGAAGGCAAGCCAUUGCCCGACGCGCGCGGUGAAGUGAAACGGGCGAUGAACAUCAUGGAGUAUGCCGCGGGCGAGGGUCGCCGCAUGUUCGGAUACACUACGCCCGUCCGAACUGCCCAACACCGUUGCGUACACCGUGCGCCGCCCGCUGGGAGUGGUGGGCAUCAUUACUCCCUGGAAUUCCCCAUCGCGAUACCCGCCUGGAAAAUGGCUCCGGCGCUCAUCUGUGGCAACGCCAUGGUCUUCAAACCGGCUUCCUCCACACCGUUGUCUGCAGUAAAACUGGUGGAGGUGUUCGAGGAGGCGGGAGUGCCCCCCGGUGUUUUGAACCUGAUAACGGGGCCAGGCGGUAGUGUGGGUAACGCUCUGGUGGAAUCGCCCGACGUUUCGGGCAUCUCCUUCACCGGCAGUACCGAAAUCGGUACGGAGUUGUACACCCGGGGCGCGUCGCUGUUGAAAAAGGUGCAGGCGGAGAUGGGCGGCAAAAACGCCGUCAUUCUGCUGGCGGAUGCCGACCUGGAUAAAGCGUUGGGCGGAAUCGUUCAGGGCGCUUUCGGGUCCACCGGGCAGCGGUGCACCGCAACCAGCCGGGUCAUCGUGGAAGAUGGCGUUUACGAUGAGUUUAUGAACCGCCUGAUCGAUAGCGCCUCAAAGCUGACAAUUGGGGAUGGCCUGGAAGACGGUAUUGAUAUAAGCCCGUUGUCCAGCGAGGCUCAACAACGUACCGUUUCGGACUACAUUGCGACCGGGGCUUCAGAAGGGGCAACGCUGGCCUACGGAGGACGCACGCUGUCGGGCGGCAUUUACGACGAAGGUUGGUACGUGGAACCCACGAUCUUCACCGACGUGUCGCCGGAGAUGCGUAUUGCCCGGGAGGAGAUAUUCGGACCGGUGCUCACGGUGUUCAGGGCACGGGACCUGGAUCACGCCGUCGAGAUAUCCAACAGCGUAAAAUUCGGACUUUCUUCCUCCGUUUACACCCGAGACAUACCGCGGGCGUUCCGAUAUAUCAACACGGUUGACGCUGGUAUGGUUCAUGUCAACGCGCCAACGCUCGGUGGCGAGGUUCACCUGCCCUUUGGCGGAUUGAAGGCAUCGGGGGUGGGCCAACGAGAACAGGGAGUGGAAGCGGUAGAUUUUUUCAGUGAGGUAAUCACCGUCUACAUCGAUUACGCCGACGCCCCUCGGGAGCAGGCCAGGUUCAUCUAA